AUGGCAUCUGGAGAAAGCGGCAAACAGGGAGAGCUCAUCAGAAACAAUUCACUUCGACCCAAUGACCUCGACUUUAACAAUACCGAGAUCAAAGACCAUGUCGAGAUUGAAAAAAGACUGAUGCGAAAAAUAGAUCUCUGGCUGGUUGGAUUUUACUCAUUUGUAUACAUUUUCCGGGUCAUCGACUCGAGCAACUACUCAAACGCCGCCAUUAUCAACUUGGAAGCGGGAACGGGAAUUAAAAAAGAGCUUGGGUUUAGCUCAUCGCAAUGGGCCUGGACCCAAUCCAUAUUUUCCUACAGCUACCUCAUAUUCGAGCCCACCAAUACGAUUCUGCUCAAAAAGUUCAAACCCUCACGAUGGAUGUUUGUUCUCAUUCUUUCCUGGGGAAUAUGUGCCUGCUCAGCUGGUGCCGCGCAGAACUUUUCCGGCAUGAUGUGCGUUCGGUUUGCAAUUGGGAUUGCAGAGGCAGGCUUUUACCCGGCUGUACUGUACCAUAUGGCGUUUUGGUAUAAGCCAUCCGAGAUGCCAUGGAGAAUUGCCCUUUUUUACUCUUUAGGUCAACUGGCUGGAGCACUGAGUGGACUUCUUGCAUACGCCAUUAGCUUUAUGGAUGGAGCGGGUGGAAUUUCAGGCUGGCGGUGGCUGUUCAUUCUAGAAGGACUCCCUGCUAUCCUACUAUCUGUUGUCGCAUUGUUAGGCCUCCCUGACUAUCCUGAGACGGCUCGUAUGUUAACAGAAGAGGAGCGUGACUUUCUCAAAGACCGUCUGUCCUCUUCGGCGCCGUCCGGUAAAGAUGAAAGCUGGGACUGGGAAGCUAUUAAGACGCUUUUUUUGAGUCCUACAGUGUACACAUUUACGCUUUACUGGGUUGGACAUGGUAUCGGCGGAUUUGGCGUGAACUAUGCGUUACCGACCGUCAUAUACGAACUCGGCUUUACCUCGACGGCUUUAUCGCAGUUGAUGAACAUUGUGAGUCGAGUUACCAUUUUAUACCACUCACAAGUCAAUGUUCGCUCAAAAUGGCUAAUUAUUGUUCAACGAACAGCCUCCUUAUGUCGCCUGUUUCGUAUUUUUGAACAGUAUCGGGUAUCUGAUACACAAGGGGUGGAUCAGGCCCUGGACUACCGCUGUUGCAAGUAG